CUAGCAGCGUGAUGAUGUAAAAUACGUGCGACGGCUCCUCACGUUGAGGUAUUCAACGAGUUUUGCCGCACAAUUGUUUUCACCAAAUAAUUGUACGAGAAAUUAUUUCCCUGGUAAAUAUCAUUGACAUGAACAGCCGACUGCAAGAAAUACGUGAAAGACAGAAGCUGAGACGGCAGCUUCUUGCACAACAGCUCGGCGCAGAGAGUCCCGACAGCAUCGGUGCUGUUCUCAACAGUAAAGAUGAACAAAAAGAGAUCGAAGAGACCAGAGAGACGUGCAGGGCUUCAUUUGACACGUCAGUUCCUGUUGCUAAAAGAAAGUGUCUGAAUGAAGGUGAAGACCCGGAGGAGGAUGUGGAGGAGCAGAGGGAAGAUGUUGAGCUCCAGCAGCAGCAGCAGCAGCAGCAGGAGGAGAGCGGACCGUAUGAGGAGGUGUACAAAGACUCCAGCACGUUCCUGAAGGGCACUCAGAGUUUAAAUCCUCACAACGAUUACUGCCAACACUUUGUGGACACAGGUCAUAGACCUCAGAACUUUAUCCGAGAUGGAGGUUUGGCUGACAGAUUUGAGGAGUACCCAAAACAAAGAGAGCUCAUCCGACUCAAAGAUGAGCUCAUCGCUGCCACCAACACGCCACCCAUGUAUCUGCAGGCAGAUCCGGACACGUUUGAUCUGAGAGAUCUGAAGUGUAAAUUUGACGUGCUUCUGAUAGAGCCUCCACUGGAGGAGUAUUACAGAGAGUCAGGCAUCAUAGCCAACGAGCGCUUUUGGACCUGGGAUGAUAUCAUGAAGCUGAACAUAGAGGAAAUCUCAUCGAUUCGCUCUUUUGUGUUCCUGUGGUGUGGUUCAGGGGAAGGCCUUGAUCUUGGCCGAAUGUGUCUGAGGAAAUGGGGCUUCAGGCGAUGUGAAGACAUUUGUUGGAUCAAGACCAACAAAAAUAACCCUGGCAAGACCAAAACGCUGGACCCUAAGGCAGUCUUCCAGAGAACUAAGGAGCACUGUCUGAUGGGUAUCAAAGGUACAGUUAGGCGCAGCACAGAUGGCGAUUUCAUUCAUGCUAAUGUGGAUAUAGACCUGAUCAUUACAGAGGAGCCAGAGAUGGGCAAUAUUGAGAAGCCAGUCGAGAUAUUCCACAUCAUUGAACACUUCUGCCUGGGCCGUCGACGGCUGCACCUGUUUGGCAGAGACAGUACCAUCAGGCCAGGUUGGCUGACUGUGGGCCCCACGCUGACCAAUAGCAACUUUAAUGUGGAAGCUUAUGCUGCCCACUUCAGUGAGCCCAACGCUUACUUAUCUGGUUGCACUGAAGAAAUCGAGAGACUCCGUCCCAAAUCCCCACCUCCUAAAUCCAUGGCAGAGCGAGGUGGGGGUGCACAGCGUGGAGGACGGGGCGGUCCCGCUGCGGGAAGAGGAGAUCGGGGUCGGGAGAGAAAUCGGCCAAACUUCCGUGGAGAUCGAGGUGGAUUCAGAGGCCGUGGAGGCCCACACCGUGGAUUUCCUCCCCGAUGAAAGUGCACAGCAUGCCAGCUUUGAGACUGGUAAACAGAAAAUGUGAUGAUAUUUUUGUACCUGAAAUUUAAAAAGGUGUUGUUGUUUUCAGUGGGUAUCAUAUUGUUUUGUUAGUGUGUUAACUAAGAGCGGGAAAUUUGUAAGAAUUUUAUUCAACCACAAUUAAACCCUGUUUUCAUUUUACGAAA